GGGGAUGAGUAGUCUUAUCUUUUAGAGUUUCAUCCACCUGCAUAGCUGAAGCUCCGAAACCAACUUAAGUUUACAUCUCCUCCUCCUCCUCCUCCUCCUCCUCCUUUCCCCUUUUCUUCGUCUUUCUUCUCCCAUGUGCUUUCUCGGCGCAAUGAGCACUCAAUCAGAAACCUAGAUUGAAUCUGUAAGUCAAAUUAGAAAGAAUUGAAAAGAAGUAAAUUGAGAAUGGCUCUCUGCACAACUAAACUAACUGAAAUGCCAUUUCACAAUUCAUCAAUCCCUCUACGUUCUCAUUGUUUCACUUACAACUUCUUCUUCUCUUCUUCUUCUUUUAAACCCUCAUUUCCACUCCUUAAACCCUUCUCAUCUAUUUCCUCCGCAUUACGAACUACUGAACAUAACUACCGUUCAAGUCGCCCAAGACAAAACCCUAACAACCACUAUAAAAAAUCUAGUGCUCCUUCAUGGCGGACAACAAAUUCUUCAGCAGAAAAGAGAAAAUUGGAUUCGGAUUUUAAAGACGUAGUGGAAAAUCAGUCAGAGAAUCGUAAUGGUGAUCGUGGGAGAGGUGCAAUUGAAAGGAUUGUCCAUCGGUUAAGGAAUUUAGGUUUAGGGUCUGAUGAUGAAAAGGAAGAAGAGGAGGACGUUGAUGAUGGAAAUGCAUAUACCGGGGAAGAGAAAUUGGGGGAUUUACUGCAGAGAAAAUGGGGUAGGCCAGAUUCUUUUAUUGAUGAUGAUGAUGAAGAUGAUGAGGAUGACAGGAUGCUUUUGCCAUGGGAAAGAGGUGAGGAUGAGAGACAAGUGGAGGAAGGGGGAGUGUUGAAAAAGAAGAGAGUAAAAGCACCUACAUAUGCCGAAUUGACAAUUGAAGAUGCAGAACUCAGAAGGUUGAGGACUCUCGGAAUGACGCUUCGAGAGAGAAUUAACAUACCAAAAGCUGGAGUUACCCAGUUGAUUGUUGAAAAGAUUCAUGACCAAUGGAGAAAGUCUGAGUUGGUCAGGCUCAAAUUCCAUGAAUCCCUUGCACACGAUAUGAGGACAGCACAUGCUAUUGUGGAGGAUCGAACAAGAGGCUUAGUCAUAUGGAGGUCCGGAAGUGUUAUGGUGGUGUAUCGAGGGAGCACAUAUCAAAGGCCUUCUAGUUCUAAAUCCGUUCAUAAAGAAACUGUUGAUUUUUUUGUGCCUGAUGUUUCAUCUGCUGGCCGUCCAAUCAUAAAGAACGACAAUAAUGCUGUUUCAGUCUCAGAAAGGAGGGAGUCUUCCGCUGUGGAUCCUGAUUCAGUUGAAAACAUGACGGCAGAGGAGAUAGAGUACAAAGACCUACUUUCUGGCUUAGGUCCACGUUUUCAUGAUUGGUGGGGUACUGGGUUGUUACCUGUAGAUGCUGAUUUGCUUCCUCCAACUAUUCCUGGUUAUAAAACACCUUUUAGACUUCUUCCUACUGGAAUGCGAUCACGACUAACAAAUGCAGAGAUGACCAACUUACGGAAACUAGCCAAGUCACUUCCAUGUCACUUUGCUCUUGGGAGAAAUAGAAAUCAUCAAGGGUUGGCAUCUGCUAUUGUGAAGCUUUGGGCCAAAAGCUUAGUUGCCAAAAUUGCUGUUAAACGAGGAAUUCAAAACACGAAUAAUAAGUUAAUGGCAGAGGAUAUAAAGAAAUUAACAGGUGGUACCCUUCUGCUCCGUAACAAAUAUUACAUUGUCAUAUACCGCGGAAAGGAUUUUCUUCCCGCAAGUGUGGAGGCUGCUUUGAUGGAAAGACAUGAAUUGACUAAAGAAAUCCAGGACACUGAAGAGAAAGUGCGGGCUGUUGCAUUUGAGCACCCCACUCACUUGGAAACCACUACAGGGACAGCACUUGCUGGUACCCUGGCUGAAUUUCAUGAGGCUCAAGCAAGAUGGGGAAGAGAAAUCUCAGCUGAAGAACAUAUGCAGAUGAAAGAAGAAGCCGUGAAAGCUAAGAAUGCCAGGGUAGUCAAAAAGAUUGAGCAUAAACUGGAUGUGGCCCAAGCCAAAAUGCUACGCGCAGAAAAACUGCUGUCGAAGAUUGAGGCAUCCAUGAUUCCUGUAGGCCCUUCUGAUGACCAGGAAACAAUUACAGACGAAGAAAAGUUUAUGUACCGCAGGGUUGGUCUGAGAAUGAAAGCUUACUUACCACUUGGUAUUCGUGGUGUAUUUGAUGGUGUAAUUGAGAACAUGCACUUGCAUUGGAAGCAUAGAGAACUAGUCAAACUAAUAUCUAAACAAAAGACACUUGCUUUUGUUGAAGACACGGCAAGGUUAUUAGAAUAUGAAAGUGGUGGAAUAUUGGUAGCUAUUGAAAGAGUCCCCAAGGGGUAUGCUCUUAUCUAUUACCGGGGUAAAAAUUAUCAAAGACCUAUUAGCUUGAGGCCGAGAAAUCUUUUGACCAAAGCAAAAGCUUUAAAGCGUUCAGUUGCCAUGCAGCGGCAUGAGGCAUUAAGUCAACACAUCUCUGAGUUGGAGAGAACCAUAGACCAAAUGAAAUCUGAAAUUGGUGAAGAUGCAUUUUCUGAAAUUUCUUAUGGUGCAGUCAACCGGAGUCGGUUUGAUCGCGUGUCGAUGUCUGCUCAAAUGGAUAAUGAAGAUUCUUCAAUGGAAUCUGAGGAUGAAGGCGAUGAUUAUGAUGAUGAUGAAGGCGAUGAUUAUAAUGAUGACGAGGAUGACGACGACGAUAGUGAUGAGGAGGAAUUUGAUGAAUCAAGAUAUUAAGAAUCUUGAACUUUGAUCUGAAGAAACGUAAGCUCAUCAUCUGGCUAUUCUCUCCACAGCUGAGGGGAUGAAUUUCUCUCAGAUAUUAAUCCAAUCAAGCAUGUAUGCAGGUUGGCCUUUCUUCAUUCUCCUGUAGAUAUAUAGAUUAGCGAGAAAAAUGCCUUCUGCACAGAACUAAUAAUUGGUUGAGAACGGAAAGUUUACUAUCAUCAGACCUGCAGCUCCUUCCACAGGAGAUUCUGUUGAAUCGAGCUCCUUAGUUAUGAUGCAGCUUCUGAUUUGUACCCAUUGUUUUUUGCACUGCCAAUGUACGCAUUGUUUUUUGCACUGCCAAUGUAAAAAUAUGCAUCGCUGAAGAAUAAUUAAUAACAUGAUCUUGGGUUUCUGUUGCAAUUGUAUUUAUCUCUAGAAAAUGAACAAAAAGCUUCGAAUCA